AUGACAACAAUUCGGGUUUUUACUUUGGCUAUACAACAUUGUCGCAGAUUGCAAACACUCAAUUUCAACACAGAGAAAUCACCAGCAUGCAGCCAGUUGAACAGCUGUCUUUCUUCAGUUCAAAGCUUGCCAUACUUGAGAAACUUUACAUGGCGCUCUCGAAGAUCAUACCGACAAGUUUUCGAUUCACUUUCAAAAGUAGCACAGAAUAUGGAAUCAGUCACACUCCAUGGUAAUUAUGGCAGCCUUUACAGAAAACAUCUAUGGCACAGUUUGAUAAGACUCAUCGAGUCAUUACAACAAUUAAAAUCUUUCAAAAUUCUACAUACAAGCUGGAAUAUGGAUUUAGUUUUACGAUUAUUGAAAGGGCAUUUAAACACUCUCGAAUCAAUCACCUUCAAGGCCUCCAAGUCAAGAAACAGAAAUUCAUUUGUUGAGACUGUUGAAAUCCAAUUAAAAAAUACAGCUAUAAGAAAAUGCUAUUACAAUUCAAGGCUUUUCAACAAUAAUGACUUGAAACAAUUUGCAUACGUUAGAUGGCCAAAUUUACAAGAAAUUGUAUUUAGUGAGUUGGACUUCUUACCUGAAAUCUUGACAACACUCAUUCACAAUCAUGGGAAAACAUUAACUUCAAUGGAAAUUGGAAAAGUCGCCAUCACCAGUAAGAUUUGCAAGAGUAUUUUACAAAACUGUACAAGCCUUACCCACUUGUCUAUCGUGAUAUCACAACAACUGGUUAUGCGAGUUGCUUAUAUGAUUGCGAAAUUAUCCAACUUGCAUUCCAUCACCCUGUCUUGGGAAACUUAUAGCUUUAGAGACAUUGAUGUCCUUUUCAAUAACCUUGCAAAUCACGAGUUACCGCACUUGUACAAGUUACAAAUGGUGUCUGGAGAUAGGUUUCAAGUGGAUUCUCUACAAAACUUUUUAUCGAAUUCAAGACCACCACUCCAAACAUUAUGUAUCAACAGUAGAGGCAGUGUUACCGAUGAGCAUUUAAACGUCAUUUUGGAUUAUCUUGGCGAUACGCUCAAAAAAUUGAAACUUAAUUAUGACGUUAACGUGGUAUCGAAGGCGUGUAUGGAAAGAGUGUUAAGGGUAGUGGAGGUCUUUGAUAAAAAGUUUUAUGAUUAA